CCUCCUGCAUGUGAUAGAACACAAGCUCGACUGGGUUAGACUAGUAGUAGUCUAGUUCUGGACUAUUUUAAUAAACCAUCCCAUCUCUUGUGAAGCACAACUUAUCCAAACAAGCACGUUGCAUUGGCAUCUGAAUCUCAAUCAUUUGCAAUCAUGGCGGACGGCAGCAUUGAAAUGGAUCAUGGCCAUGGAAGCUCCAGCAGCGUUCGUGAUGGCGAAAUCAUGACCUUCUCGCAGGUGCCCGGCAGCCCGUCCUUUCGUAGUUCGGCCACAAACGCCGUGGCAGUGAUUCCACUAUUAAGCAGCAACAAAGAUGGAAAUAUUGCGACGACGCAUUCCGCAAAGUCGUUCCGAGAUUUAUUCAAGGCUUUUGAUCGCUACUGUCAAAAUGUCAAUAGGACCACACGAAGCAAUCUGGACGAAAAGGAACUCAUGUUGAUUGUUCCCAACGCUAGUCUUACCCGCCCGGGUGAUUGGCGAUACGACAAUACUCCUUUCAAAUUCUUUCAUUGGGGUCAUGGCUGCCAGAGACUUCUCGUGUUCGACGGACGACCCGAGUUCUCGCGGAUGGCUCAUGAUCGAGUCAUCAACCAUGCUCUCACACGAGAUUGGAUCGAUUUCUUCCCUUCCAGAAGGACUGCCGCUGUGAUUGGAGUUUUGAACAUGCGCGAUUGCGUCGAUCAAUCGACUUUGCACAGAGCCGAAGAAGAACUACAGAAUUGGUCCCAGCGAUACUCUACUCCAUCCUACGAAGUACACGCACAUGCACGAGGCAAUGAAAGGGACAAAGUAGUCGAACGGCUUUUCGUAUUUGAUAGCUUUGACGAGGAUUGUCAAGAUGUGGACUUGACCAAAACUAAAUUUGGAACAAACAUUUUGGCAUUCCCACCAUCGGAUGAAGCGCAUUCGCAAAUGAUGGACUUGCAUCUUAAUGUCGUUGUCAAUGACUUGGCGGUGGCCAUCUUCCAACAGAUUGAAAAUCGAAUUCGAGAGUCGGAUGAAUUAAAGGGAACUGGAGACUCCAAUGCAAACCAAAGAAAAAACAAGACAUUCUCGCGAUUCCUCGGCACUGAUACCAAAGGCAGUGAAGAACCCAUGAGCUCUUCCACAAGCUUGAGUUUGAGCAACAUCACCAGUGUCUUGAACCCGGAUAGUAACGCUUCGUCAAGUUCUGCCGCCAAAGGAGUCUUUUCUCAACUGGCAGAGUCUGCCACAAAGGCAACUUCCUCUUCCACCAGGGAUCUAAAGAAACCUGUACAACAGCUGCUUACCCCUGUCGAUGAAGUAUGGGAUUUCAACAACUUGUCCACUAAAGAGGCGGAAACCAUGAAAAAGAGGGAAGUGGGCAGGCGUGAAAAGUUUGCAGCAGAUUUGUGCCUCUUGGCUGGGUCCCCCAUGGAUGCCUAUGAGAGGUACUUGAAAGCGGCAGAAAUGUGCAAAUCCAAAAACCCUGAUCCUUUGUGGUAUGCAGGGGCCAUGGAAGGAUGCGCAGCUGCUCAUAUUGCCAUGGCUGAAGCUGGCGGGUAUAAUGUGGACGAGUAUCUAGAAAACAACUUCCAGCUCCCAGACGAAAUUAUGGGAGUGGUUGUUGCCAAUGCCAUGAUACAGGAUGGCAGAAAAGCCAAUGCAAGCAAACAGACACUCCCAAAGAUUGUUUUCACUCUUUGCGAAGAAGCGCUCAACGUGUUGGCACGGCAUCCGACAGUUGCUUGUUUCCAUGCUGAGUUGUUGCUGAAGAUGGUAUGGUAUUGCUCGGAAGGCGAAGAACGGCACAUGAUGUGUAGAUGGGGCGAAGGUGAUGGUUGCUACGUUGGAGACCAGUCCGGUCCUCGUCGCUGGGAAAAGCAUUCGGUUCACAAGAUGACCUUCGGAAGUAUGAAGACAAAAGACGGAGAAGACAUCAUUGUCAGCAAUACCCAGCAAAGGUUACGCAAAUGGUGCGAGUUAAUGCAUCGAGCAGCUGCUACUGGGGCCCUGGAUUCAUCGUCGAGGGUUGAUGUAGGCUCCCGCUGCGCUCGACUUUGUAUUCGGGGUAUGCAGCCAACGUCGUGGAAAGGAUCAACAUCCACCAAAAUUGCUUUGCCUCGAAAGGCCGCGUUCUUUAGCGCUGUCGCCGCCGAAUCGAUUUCCUCUGGGAGCGGCAGGUUUGACCAACGAGCACGGGAGUUAUGGCUCCUUGCGUCCAACCUGUAUUCAAGCAGGCCAAACACAAGCACCCAAGGCGGUUGCUACGGGUGGGCAACACUCAGGGCGUCGAUCUUGCAUGGGCUGUCUCUGCAUGGAAGGAAUCUCUUGUCAUCUGAAGCAACAGAACAGCUCUUGAAGCUACUAAGUGAGAUUUCCCCUGACACAAUUGAAGACAUGGAUGAUAUUCCUGUCGCUAGUGAUAGGAUGAACAAUGAUGACCUUGCCGGGAUGCUCGACGCAAGCCAGAGAUCAGAAAGUGCCCUGGGAGACAAUAUUAGCCGCUUUUCCCGAAUGAAGAAGGAAGGAUUCUUCUCGCAGAUGACGAGCAAUUCAACGUUGUUAAAUGGACAAUCGAAAUGGUUGGGUGACGAUGUGAUUCGCCCAAUUCAAGUGCCCCUCGUCGAGGCGUCAGAAAUUUCGCAGCUGGUGCUUUCCUUGAGCUGUGUUUGGCCAAAUGUGAAGUUCGAGAAGUGCUCCUUGGCGCAAAAGUUGGUCAUUGGCCACAUCUUCUCCUUGCGGAAAGCGCUUCCAGCUCUGUCAUUCGAGGAAAGCACCUUCUUUAAUGUGGGCGCGGUCGGCAAAGAUCAUGUGCCCCCUCCUCUUUUCGUUUCUUCUGCUACAGUGGAAGAAUCCGAGGCGUCGAAAUCUCUGGAAAGAAUUGGCGGCCAAAAGAAAGAUGGUGCCAUGGCAACAUUUUUCAACCCCUACGCAAAGAAGGGCGGCGGCGGUGGUAAAGCCAUGCUUGUAGCAGAGGGAGAAGAGAGAUUCAUGUCAAUUUCCUUCGGCAACCUGCUUGCGGUGGCCCUUGAGGUGCCUUCGUGCCAAAUGGAGUUUGAACACGACUCACAAUGGCGCAUCUUGGCAACCUCGAUGUCGUUCGUUGUUCCUGCCAAGGCAAAAGACUUUGCCGUCAAAUUCCCGUUCACCGCGAUCUCGAGGGAACGGGCCAUGGAGCACGAAGGUGAAAUGAAGGUAGAUGCUGAAGGCUCAGAUGUAUUUGAAAAGAAGGAAGAGAAUACGUUUGUGAUGAAAGGUUUGAAUAUGACCUGCUUGGGCCGUUCAUCCUUUGUUCCAAUCUAUGAGAAAAUCGACAUUUCUCAAUCAUUGUGCAAAACAAAAAGUUUGCCUGAGGCUGCUUCUGAGUAUCCCCGGCUGCCCAAGAAGAAAGUGAAGCCAGAGGAUGAGCAAGUCAAGCUUCAAUUUGAGAUUGUCCCGUCGCAGCCAAGGCUUGUCAUUUCUUGUGCUUCCACCGGAGCCCUUGUUGAAGACGAGAAUACUAUAUCUGUUUAUCUCUCUGACGGUGAAAUCUUUAUGACUGAGCCUUUCUUCCUUGAGAAUCAUGUCAGCACGAACGGGAAUAAGUACGGCAUGAUGGAACAGCUGCAGAUUAUGGCUGUUGGCUUGACUGGUCAUCGCGAGGAAAUGCUGUUUGACACGAAACCGGCUGCACCCAAAAAGGAAGAGAAAAACAGAGUAAAGAAACCGGCUGAACCAGAGCUCAAGAUGAAGGCGCUGUGUGAUGAUCUGUCCCUCGAUGCAGUGAACGAUGCCAGCCAAAGGCGCGAAAAGAGCAACAAGGUGACAUUCCAAAUCGUCGCAGCGCAUGAAUUUGCUAGUCAGUUGGCGGGGGGUCGCAAUGUGAGGAUUCGCUUCCGCUACCGCGGCAAGUCUCCUAGCGAAGGAACUGAAAUCUGGAGGAAGCGCGAGAUCUUGCUGAAAAUCGUUCGUGUCAAGGGACCCAGAAUCUCGUCGUUGACGUUUCGCCCCGAUCUUAGUUGGGGUUGCGCUUACUCGGAACUUUGUGUUGACCUUUCACAACAAAACCGGGGCGAAGCAAUUACUCCAUAUGCACGCACCGAAGCCAAGGAAGAUUUUGACGAAGCAGCUUAUGUAUUAGACAGAGUGGGCAUGGACCCGGGCGUGCAUGUAUGCAGUCGUGACGUUGUGGUCCUGAUUUCUGUGGCGAACGAGACCAAUUCGACGAUCGUGUUGUCCAAUCAAAAUGGUUUGGUUGGUGGCUUUGAGGGAAGCCCAAUGGAGACAAUCACAGUUUCAUCGGGUGUUAGCGUGAGGAUUCCAGUCGUUCUUCCUCGGAUCCCAAGGAUGGAGGAAGACGGCGAACCAGCCGAUGUUGUUGCCCAGCUUGUCGCCAAGACUGAAUUGCAAUGGAAGGAAGUUUCAAGUGAGUUUCACGAAGAUGCGAGUGGCAUCAGUUCCAUGGAAAGUGCCGGCAAGAAGAGAGUUCGUGAGGGACGGAUGCGCAUUCCACCAAACUGCUUGAAAGAAAUCGUCGCCGAGCAUCCCUCCUUCGCCUCCCGAAUCUGCGAGCCACCCUGUGAAAUCAUCCUUAGUUUGGGCGAGGGGCAGCACGAACCGGAGAAUCCUCUGUGCGUCCAACAAGGCAAUCCAAUUGAUGUGUUUGUGGAAGUUCUGAUGUCGCCCUGGGUCCCAGAAGAUGUGGUCGAGGAGUGCAGCUUGACUUUAGAGUUUUGCUGUGCACGCAAGGAAGAUGGGAACGCCAACUCGAUCGCUGUGUCGAUGCAGCGAGACUACGUUUGGUGCGGACAGAUCAGAAAGAUGAUGCGUGCAUGCGACGAAGAAAAGACUCAUAGAGCCAGAAUCUUGAUCCUGGAACCAGGACACUUCGUGCUCUCGGCCUGUGCUAAGAUUGCCAAUGACGCAGAAAAUGGUGCAGAAGAGGUCUGGUGGGCUCCGGUCGCAGAAAAUGUCAUUGUGCAGCCUGCUUCGCCCAACUAGCUGCACGUAAAUGCCUUAAUCUUACGAAGCUUGCUGCUGUGCCUCGCUGCAUGUAUUCAUCCCUCCGGGGAAAGUGUACCAAUUCCUAAGUUAACAUACCUUUUGCGUCGAAACCGUUCCCUCCUAAAGCUAGCCCUGUUUUUAAGACUUAUUCUCCUCCAGAGACCUCUUGCAACUGGCGGUAGACCGAACUAGCUAGAAACUCAGAUUCAAGUUGGUUAGCUCCAACCGAACACUUUGUUGUGCCAUCGAAUUCUUUCUCUGAUAGCUGCCUCGUGGCUAUGGAAAAGUUGUACCUGUACGGUACCAGUUCCUGCACUCGGACGAGCUAAAGCUUGGGUGCCGAAUGAAUGCUUUCAUUGCAUGAAUGAAAGCAUGGUUCGCCCCUUGUGGAGUCGAACGAUGGUAACAUGAUAUAAUCCUGAUUUUGACAUCCAUUA